UUGAUUGGUUUACCCACACACAUAAUUACCUUCAUUAUUUUUCUCUCAUCUAACAAUGGAAGCUGCAGCCGAAACUCCAAAAUCUCUGUCCCUACCCUGGACAACACGAAUUACACUUUGGUUACUCGACAUCGGACUCAACUUAGUUAUGCGGAAAGACGGCACAGUGAACCGCGGUCUUCUCAAACUCGUACCUCUGACACCGCCAUCAUCUGAACCGAUCAACGGUGUCAAGACAUACGAUGUAGUGGUGGAUCCAACUCGCAAUCUCUGGUUCCGCGUAUUUGUCCCCACACAGUACACUGUAGAAGAUCUUCCUGUGAUGGUGUUCUGUCAUGGAAGUGGAUAUAUUGUCGCCUCCGCGGACACACAGUUGUAUGACGAUUUUUGUCGCAAGUUAGCGAGAGAAUUGCAUGUGAUAGUUGUUUCUGUUGAUUAUCGUCUUGCACCGGAGCAUCGACACCCUGCUCAACAUGAAGAUGGGCUUGAUGUACUCAAGUUUCUAGACAUUGAAGAGAACAGGUCAAAAUGGUUACCGGGCAAUGCAAAUAUUUCACAAUGCUUUAUCGCGGGUGAUAGCGCUGGCGGAAACAUGGCUCAUCAUGUUGCUGUAAGAGCCUCCCAGUUCAACUUCCAACAACUCCAGGUAGUUGGGCUGGUGUCGAUUCAACCAUUCUUUGGCGGGGAGGAGCGUAUAGGUUCUGAGAUACGACUGAAUGGAACCGCACCUAUCCUGACACUAAAGCAGACAGAUUGGUUCUGGAACGCAUUCUUGCCGCUAGGUGAACCCUACAAUCGGGACCAUCCUGUGGUCAAUGUUAGUGGUCGCUAUGCUGUGGACAUAUCAAAAAUGGAUUUACCACCGACCAUUGUGGUUGUGGCAGGGUUUGAUAUUCUCCGGGACUGGCAAAUAAGGUACUAUGAGUGGCUCAAGAAAUCCGGGAAAGAAGUGUACCUGAUGGACUACCCAAACAUGUUUCACGGUUUCUGCCUCUUACCGGAUUUGCCGGAAUCUAAUCAACUUAUAUCGGAAGUGAAGGACUUCAUUCACAAUGUCUUAAAUAAGAUUUAGAAGAUGGAAAGGAAGCUUGAAACAAUCGUCUGUAUAUGUUAUUUCGUUUGACUUCUUCUUUGUUUUAAAUUAAAUUUUAUGUUAUUUUGUUUGAUUCCUUCUUUGACUUAAAAUGAAUAUAGUUAUUGCUUUUAAGCUUAAUUGUUUUGUUUGA